GCGAAAGUGGUAACCGUAGACACAGCCACUUGACAUUUGACAUUUUAUUUACAACACGUUUUGAGGUUAACAUGGUGUUUCACGCUGUUUAGCGAAAAAUGGGUGUUCGAGGCCUCACAACGUUCAUAGCGAACCGCUCCAACCAGUAUUUGGAGCGCUAUGAACUCCACGACUCCUACUUGGUGGUGGACGGAAACAGCAUUGCGUGCCAACUCUACAAGUGGCACUGCAGGUGUAACGAUUGUUUCGGGGGCGACUACGACAAGUACGCCAGGUCAAUCUACUCGUUCUUUCGUCUACUGGCGGACUGCAACGUCACCCCCUUGAUAAUUUUCGAUGGGGCCUACGAGAAGCGUAAAAUGAAAACUGUGUACAGCCGAAUGAGGAACAAGGUUAGUGCCGCCAAAGACCUCAACAGCGUCACGGAAGGCCGAAUCAGCCUAUUCCCGUUGUUCCUUCGAGAACUCUUCGUCGAUAUUGUAAUGAAACUGAAACUGCAGUGUGUCCGUUGCGACUUUGAGGGUGACAGCGACGCUGCCUACUUGGCACGGACUUUGCAAUGCCCUAUUGUGAGCUAUGAUUCCGAUUUCUACAUUUUUGACGUUUUGUAUAUCCCGUUUUCGGAGAUGGAUUUGAAACUAAGGAAGCGAAAGGGCGUGAACUAUAUACCAUGUGCGGUAUAUAAAGCAGAGAGGUUUCUAAACUCAUUUGGGGGUUUAGAUAAAGUGAACUUGCCUCUACUGUCUGCCCUCUUAGGAAACGAUUAUAUUAAAAAGAGAGCCUUCUCUGUUUUUUACAGACAGUUAAAAAUGCAAAAAACCAAACAAAAUGAGCAGCAAACUUUAAUCAAAUCUGUAAUAGUGUGGCUAAAAAAUGAAACGCCAGAGUCCGCUUUGAGAAAAAUUUUGGGGCGAUACAAACUGAAAAAUCGACGGCGGCUAGCUAGGAAAAUACGACGGGCGAUUGAAGGUUAUUCGUGCGGGAAUACCCCAGUUUGUUCCUAUUUCAACAUUGAUGAACCCCGUCGAGAACACACGACAAUAUCAGUUCCUGAACCAGAAGACAUUGAAAAUAUAGAAGACGAAGAACUUGAAGAAAGCGACAAUGAGCCUGAAGCAGAAGGGUCAGAAGAAACUACGUCUUCAUCAUCAGAAGAAGAAGACGAAAUUGAAGUACCGCCAAAGUGUGACCCCAAACCCGACAGACCCGAUUUUUUCACAGACAAUUUCAGAAGGUGUCAAUAUCCUCCCUGUUUCAUGGACAUGAAAGUGUCCAACAUCUACUUCUGUAUCCCCCAAAUUGAAGACUUUUCAACCGGAAGUUCACACUUUAUGAACCUCAAGAUCAUCGCUGCCAUCCACAAAAUUCUAACUUACCCAAAUACAAAAAAACUGACGUGCGUAUCAACCAAUAUUCACGGACACGUUAAAAAAUUCGGGGUGCCUUUGUAUGAAAACGACGUGCCAAAAUUAAUGGACGUCGAAAACAUGGACCCAAAAACAAGCAAAACCUCUCUACUGGACAUCAUUAACGUAGAACAGGACAUAUUUAACGGCUUUCCAAAUUCUUGGCAUCUGUUCUUGAUAUCAAUCAAAUACUGGGUUACCAAUUCUAAAAAUAAAGUAGAACUGCCAUGUAUUUACUCACUCAUAUUGUGCGCUAUCAUAUUAAAUUACGUCGAUAGCAAAGUUGGAUUUUACAGAUCCACUAGGUCGUUUCUCGCAAAAUAUAGUACAAAUGCAAACGUUGCAAAAACUAAGCCGUCCCUAAAUAUCACUCAAGCCCUAGACCAUAUCGAUUUCGACAACAGCAUCGCGUGUAUGAAAAAACUCAUCCAUUAUUUUCAAAUGGACGCCAAAAUGAAGUCGUACGUGAAGUUGUUUGACAGAAGUAUAGUGGACGCGUUUGCGGAGUUUCAGAGUUGUUUGUUACACGUGAAGUACUUGAACUCUUUGUUUGGUUGUCCGUUUCCGACUACUGUGAUAUCGGAUUUUUACGAUGGUACUUUUCUUUACAACAUGACGACGAAUUUACAAAAACGGAGCGAUUUGAAAUCGUACAUGAAACUGUUGUUGGAAAGUUGUCCCCAAAUUUUGGGUGUCUUUGAAAUGAUGGCUGACGAAGUGGAAAGUCGGAUUGUGGACGAUCUUGGGCAGCACGAGCCUGUGAGGAAGAGGAGGAAGAAGAAGAAAACCGUGGAAAAUGUUGUGCAAGAAUUGUUACCCUGUGCGAGCGAAGAAGACGAAGAAUAUAUUUAUGAUUCAAACAACAAAUUUUCGUUAUUGUCUUUUGUUAAUAAAUGAUAUAUGUUACUGAGAA